AUGGUUUUCACGCCAUCGGAGGAUGUGCCGGUAGGUUUGGACGAGCUACAGGUAUCGCCCGAUGAUGCACAAGGGGCCCCCAGGAGACCAAGAGCACAGCCUGCUUUCUAUCCACGCACACCCACGCGACUAACAAAGUACGAUCCUCACGCAAAUUCGAACUCCCCAAACACCCCUAUUCGGCCUUUUUCUGCGCCUACUUGGCCAGUGUACCCCUUGGGUUCGCCAAUUGAGCCGUCAAGGCUGGUGGAUCUGGAGUUUGACAGUUUUGACUGGGACGCGCUGGAGAGUAUUGUCCGGAAGUUUGAUGAAAACGAACUACUUAAUUUCAAUUCGGUUUUCUAUCGGCAAGUUUUGCACCAAUUAAGUCUUGAAAGUCGCCCAAAAUGGCUGGAACUGCUUUUACAUCUGGGUGUUCAAAAUGAGACCCUGUGGAUAGAUCGCUUGCACAACUUUCAGGAAGACUACUUGAUUAAAGAAGCUAAAAGAGCUGGGAAGCGGAGAAACGCAUUGUUGAUCCAGAAAAUAGAAACAGUUUCAAAGGCUGUAUGGUUCCAGAGAUGGUACAAUGCGGGUGUUUUAAAAGUCCAGUUGGACCAGUUUUUAAAGGCACCGACAGCACAAAUUUUCAAUUUAUGGCGUGAAGAGGCUUAUUUAUUGAAGAAAAAACUGGCUCAAGUAGAUGCUGUUUACCAGGUAUCCCAGAAAACGCGUUUAUUUAUUCGAUGGAGGAACCAUCUGAAGCAGAUUCGUGAUUUGGACGAAAAGUCGGUGCACUUUGAUCACUAUCGAUUGAUUCAGAUUGGAGUACAUGGCUUGAAAAACAGCUUGUCAAAACGGUUUGAGGCUACCAAGGAGUUCCAAGCUGAACACGCCAAAAGUGUGUUUGCCAGGUGGAGACGAAGACUCCAUGAAGAACAAUGCAAAAAGUAUCUUGAACCCAAACAAAAAUCUAUAUAUUUGAAAUCAUGGCUCGGCAAACUCGAGUCGUUUCGAUUUCAACUUGAAAAGGCUGAUCGCUAUCAAAAGAGCCAAGUUAUUCACUGGUAUCAGCUAUGGACAGCCAAGCUUGAGCAGAUGUACGACCUAUAUGCUUCAGGUGAAUUCUUGUUUGAAUCGAAUUUGAAGGCAACCGUCUUUCGACAAUGGAGACAGAAUGCAAAGCUAUUAUCUCGAGGAGCUCCAUUUUUAUUUUAUUCGCAGCAACGAGUUAAACACAGUAUCUUGCAUCAAUGGAGGCUGCUGGCAGGAAUUUAUCGAGAAAGUGAGCGUUUCAGACAGUUUUUUGCUGCGCAAGAGGCGCUAAAGUGUUGGAGGCUGAAAGCUCGAUGUCUGGUGUUAGAGUCAAGAAACAACAUUACGCACUGUCAACAAACGUUUGAUCAUUGGCAGAGAAAAGCUCGGCUCAAAACCUUGGAACGGGACAAGCAAAUACAAGAUCUACGUCAGUUGUUUGGGCUCUGGCGCGAAGAAACACAAAACACGCAAAGACGCGAACAUGCGCUAAGUCUUCGCGCUCGUCUGUUGCGCAAAAAGUUCGAGUUUGCAGAAUUUUGGAGAACUGUUCAAAGAAAAUAUACAGAACAGCAAUAUGAGCUUCUUGCGGCUGAAAAUUACUAUAAUGAGCGGCUUCAAACAAAAGUUUUUGACCAACUCAGCAAGUUUGCUGUCUCAAGAAUCGAAGGCGACGUGAUGGCCGGAGAUCUAGCUUUGCAAAAGCUAAAGAAAACGUACUUUUCCGUUUGGAGACAGGCUUUCAAGCAGGUUCGUGAUGAACAGUUUGAACAACUCGAAAGUUAUGCUAAAGCCACCCACGCCAUGAAACUAAUGAAAAGUGUGUUCUCACAAUGGCGGGGAAAGACUUAUCGAAUCUCCGAGGCUGAAGAGUACGGUGAUUUAAUUUUGUGCGAACGCUACUUCCGCCUAUGGCUUGGGAAGCUAGCCAACCUCCAAGAACAACUCGCCCGUGCUGGUGAUUGGUACAUAGAGUCCUCUCGGGUUAUCACACUCGGUAAAUGGCGAGAUCGUCUUGAUCAAGUACGACAGAAUGAGCUGGAACUCGAACUGUUACAAGACGGCCGCGCUAUUGAAAAAGCUGCCGCAAUCUUUGAGCAAUGGAGAGCGGCCACUAUGCUUGUAAAAGACAAAGACCCGUUGCUUGCCCGCCGCAGUGAUUGGUUCGCUCAACAGCAAACGCGAAGGAUCUUCAGAAAGUGGCGGCGGUCCACAGAACGAUCUCAUCCAUCGCCUCAAACCCCCCUGCGAUCCGAGGCUCUGCUCCAGAGAUCAACGGUCUCGCGAAUGCUGUCACAACGAAGGCCCAUUGGGCGUGUCCAUAGCACUGGCUCUCCCAUCUCACGACGAGGAGCUGAUAGUUUAAUUUGA